AUGUCAGCCCAAGACAAUUUAUCAAAAGAAGCUACUAUAACACAGUUAUUUAGUGAUGCAGAAAGAAUAAUAAAUCAAGGCGAAUACGCCAAAGCUCUUAAAUCUAUAGAUAAAGUUCUCAAUUUGAGUCCAAAUGACUUUGAUGCACUUCAUUGCAAGGUUAUAAUCUUUCUUAAGCUUGGAAAAUAUCAAAAUGCCUUAGAUCUUGUUACGAAAAGCUUUUCCGAAGAUCAACUUCCACUUGAGCGGGUAUACUGUCUUUAUAGGCUAAACAAAUUUUCUGAAGGAGCAGAACUUCUUCGUAAAUACCGAACUGCUGGGAAUAAUGAUAGUGGAUUGAGACACUUGGAAGCACAAGUGGCAUACAAGCUUGAAGAUUAUAAUUCCUCUUUAGAAACAUAUUAUAGUCUUAUACAGGAGACAGACGCGAAAGAAGAUACGUAUAAUGAUGUUUUAACGAACUUUAAUGCUGCUAAAGCUGCAUUACUGUUUUCUGGUGGUAAAGUAAAGGAAAAGUAUGCAAUGGCGGAUUCUGUCAAUACUUAUGAAUUAGCAUAUAAUUAUGCUUGUAUAUAUCUCGGGCGAAAAGAUUUUAAAAAAGUAGAAAAAUUGUUGAUUACUGCAAGAAAUAUAUGCCGAAAAUCUUUAAGUGAUGAUGAUUAUAGCGAAGAAGAGAUUGAACAAGAAUUAGGCACAAUCAAUGUACAAUUAGCUUAUUUGUACCAACUUCAGGGUCGGACAGCCGAGGCCAUUGACCUUUAUCAAAGUGUGCUCAAGUUUAAAGGGACAGAUAUGACAGUUUCAGCUAUUGCAUCUAAUAAUUUAGUCGCAGCUAAAAAAGACAGUGAAUUGUUUGAUUCUGCUCGUAAAUUAAAAGUUGCAAGCGCAAAUACGUUGGAUACUAAAUUGUUUAGAAGUCAACGUCGCAUAAUCGCGAUGAAUGAAGCAUUGUUAUUAUUGUAUAUGCAUAAGUAUGCCGUGUGCCAAGAUGUUUCUCGUAAACUGUUAGAAGCUUAUCCUGAAAAUGAUGAUCUUUAUCUCAUUUUAGCUUCAAUACCUUACCGUCAAAAAAAGAUUACCAAGGCUAUCCAAGAGCUACAGGAAUUUACAAAGUUAAAACCGGAAUCUUUAUCUAUUAAUUUUGCACUCAUGCAACUUCAACUUUUACAAUCCAAUCCUACAAGUGCUUUAGAAACGCUUGAAAAUCAUUUAUCAUCAAUUAAAGAUGAUGCAGGAAAAUAUAGACCUGGAUAUGUAGGAUUAUUAGUAUGGCUUCAUGAAAAAGUUGGCAAACCUGAAAAUGCAGUUCGAGCUUUAGAUCAAGCGGGCACAUUUUGGAAAAGUGGAGUUAUGUCUGAUGAAAGUAGGUCAAUUCUCAAACAAACGGCUGCAUUUAAACUAAAGACUACUCGAUAUCAUGAAGCGGCCCAGGAUUAUGAACAGCUUGUAAAGGGUGACCCAUUAGACAUUCAAGCACUAGCUGGACUUGUAGCGUCAUAUUCUCAAUAUGAUAUUAAUCUUGCUGAAAAAUACGAAAGUUCUUUACCAGAUGUUAGCGUACAAACGGAAGUUGACAUAGAAUCUCUUGAAAAAGUUGUACCCGGUGUGAAAAAAAGCUACAUCAAAAAAGCAGAUGUAAAAACAAUCGAGAAACAAACAAAGACACCACCGAAAAAGAAGAAAAAGCGUAAACCUUUGCUACCAAAAAAUUAUGAUCCCGCUGUACCGCCAGAUCCUGAACGUUGGUUACCUAAACGUGAGCGGUCUGGUUUUAAAAUAAAGGGUAAAAGAAAACAGCAAUUAAUGAAAGGAUCACAAGGAGUUGCAAUUGCUGGUGGAGGUAUAGGAGGUACAGGAAGCGCUAAUAUUGCCGGAAGGAGCACUAGUAAUGUAUCGUCAUCCGAAACAACUGCUACAUCACAACCAGAACAGCCUGCACCUGCACCAACGCCAAAGCCGAAAGGUGGCGGUGAUAAAAAUAAAAAGAAGAAAAAGAAGGGAG